CCGAAAGCCAGAACACCUGCAAGUCAAUCCCAUUAGCUUGAUAACGCGCGUGAUUCAACCACCCCACCACCCCCGUUAACAUCCUCACGCCUUUCCUCCCCCUCCGCUGGGAUGGAAGGAGCGCGGUGACUUAUGUCAGCGUUGCCACAAAUCUCAGACGAAGCUUCCCGCUUUUAAAAAGCAAAGCCCAGGCAGGCAACUUGGCAGCCCGGGAGGGAAGGGAGGUCAGUUCGAAUUAAAUUCCAGAGCGCCAUUGAUAUUCCGCCGACGUUUGUGGGGGAAGCUUAUAAGGGGCCAAGCCUCCUUCUAAAAUCUCGGAUUUUUUUUCCCGAUCCGAUGCGUUUUGGACUCUCGGAGUUGGUUCUCGCGUCCUCUGUCUCUCAUUGCCCGUCCUUUUUGGGGGAGUCGGAGAAAGCCCGAAAGAAGACUCCUGGGACCCAAGGGCUGGACCUCUGGACCUCAUGGCCACCUCGGAUCCCUCCUCCUCCAACACCGCUCAGGAUCCCAACCCAACUAAUUUACGACCCACAACUUAUGACACCUGGUGUGGUGUAGCUCAUGGCUGCACGAAGAAAAUCGGGCUCAAGAUAUGCGGCUUCCUGCAAAGGAACAACAGCCUGGAAGACAAGAGCCGGCUGGUGAGCGCGCUCAAGGAAAGGCAGAGCACCCGGAACCUGCUGGCUUGCGAGAACAGCGAGAAGGAAGCCCGCUUCCAGAAGACCGAGACCGACUUCUCCAACCUCUACGCCCGGGAUUUACUGCCAGCCAAGAAUGGCGAGGAGCAAACCGUUCAGUUCCUUCUGGAAGUGGUGGAUAUUCUCCUGACCUAUGUGAAGAAGACCUUUGAUAGGUCCACCAAGGUGCUGGAUUUCCAUCACCCUCAUCAGCUCCUGGAAGGCAUGGAAGGCUUCAACCUUGAACUCUCCGACAAUCCAGAAUCACUUGAACAGAUUCUAGUGGACUGCAGAGACACUCUGAAAUAUGGAGUAAGGACAGGUCACCCUCGCUUUUUCAACCAGCUUUCCACGGGGCUUGAUAUCAUUGGUUUGGCUGGGGAAUGGCUGACCUCUACAGCUAAUACAAACAUGUUUACGUAUGAAAUUGCACCUGUUUUUGUACUCAUGGAACAAAUAACUCUUCGAAAAAUGAGAGAGAUUAUUGGAUGGUCCAAUAAAGAUGGCGAUGGAAUAUUCUCACCUGGUGGCGCUAUAUCCAAUAUGUAUAGCAUCAUGGCUGCCCGUUAUAAAUAUUUCCCAGAAGUCAAAACCAAAGGCAUGGCUGCAGUGCCUAAACUGGUCCUUUUUACCUCAGAACAUAGUCACUAUUCAAUAAAGAAAGCUGGAGCUGCGCUUGGAUUUGGUACUGAAAAUGUGAUUUUAAUAAAGUGCAAUGAAAGGGGCAAAAUAAUACCUGCUGAUCUAGAAGCCAAAAUCCUGGAUGCCAAACAAAAGGGAUACAUUCCCCUUUAUGUGACUGCAACUGCUGGCACAACCGUUUAUGGAGCCUUUGAUCCCAUUCCAGAGAUAGCAGACAUCUGUGAUAAGUAUAAUCUUUGGCUCCAUGUGGAUGCUGCCUGGGGAGGUGGGUUACUGAUGUCUAGAAAGCAUCGUCACAAGCUGAAUGGUAUAGAAAGAGCCAACUCUGUCACAUGGAAUCCACACAAGAUGAUGGGAGUCCUACUGCAGUGUUCUGCCAUUCUUCUUCGGGAAAAGGGUAUACUUCAAGGUUGCAACCAGAUGUGUGCAGGAUAUCUGUUUCAACAAGAUAAGCAAUAUGAUAUCACCUAUGACACUGGAGACAAAGCAAUACAAUGUGGACGCCAUGUGGAUAUAUUCAAAUUCUGGUUGAUGUGGAAAGCUAAGGGUACAGUGGGAUUCGAAAGUCAAAUCAACAAAUGUCUUGAAUUGUCAGAAUACCUCUAUAAUAAAAUUAAAAACAGGCAAGAGUUUGAGAUGGUUUUUGAAGGAGAGCCUGAACACACAAACGUUUGUUUCUGGUACAUUCCGUCAAGUCUCAGAGGGAUGCCAGACUCUGAGGAAAGAAGAGAAAAACUACAUAGGGUGGCACCCAAGAUCAAAGCUCUGAUGAUGGAAACAGGUACCACAAUGGUUGGAUAUCAGCCUCAGGGAGAGAAAGUCAACUUCUUCAGAAUGGUGAUUUCAAAUCCUGCAGCCUCCAAGUCGGAUAUUGACUUCUUGAUUGAGGAAAUAGAACGAUUGGGGCAAGAUCUGUAAUCCACAUGAGUUGAACCGUAGUUUUUCUCUAGAGCGCUCUUUUCCAGUACUGGCUGUUUUUUAACCAGUUCUGUAGAAUACAUUUUAAGAUGAUCACUUUCUAAGUGUUUGAUUCUUCUGAGACCCUCUCUUUAAAAACAAUAGUGCCCGCUUCCAUAGAUUAUUGAAAAGUAUAUAGGAACUGAUUUAUUAUUUUACCAAAGGAUAAACAUAUUAUUUUGAAAUAUAUCAUUCAGCUAGUUAGGUCUGGUAAUUCUAGUUUGCCCGAAAGCAAAUUAUAUUAAGAUAGCUAACUAAGAAAUCUGCACUAUAUGUACAGUGUGAUGAUGUAUGGUGUGUGUAGACAUAUUUUAACAGAACAAACACACAGCAUACACUUUAUAUGUAUAUAAAGAAAAUAUAUAAACAAUAGUAAGCAUUCCAGGUAUUUCCUAUCACGAACUGCUCUUCUGAAGCUCUAUUAAUACCAAAGGGGCUUCACUAGAUCAAUCCUUGGUAGAUGAUAGACCAAUAUUCCCAUUUCAGGUAUAGUACAGAAGCAUUGAUUCUACUGAUUUUACUGAAAUAUCAUCAGCCAUAAUACUGGAGUCCAUAUCUUUACUCUGUAUUAAUUUAAAUGGACAAGGCCAACCCCGUAUGACAUAUUUUAAAACCCACUGAAAUCAGUAUAAAUUUACCCAGCAUGUUAGAUUCUCGCAUUUUUUCAGACUGGAGUGUAAGAGGCCUGUUCUUUCUAUUAAGAAGUAAGUAUUUUCUAUCAAGAAGUAAGUAACAUGACAACCAGUUUACAGGUGAUAAAGCUCCCAGGUAAAGCUGGGGAAAAACAUUUUUAAAAUGUAGAUUCUUAGGAACGAUGGUAAAUGGUGAAUGUUAUUUAAACAUUAUUUAUUGAUGCUUCUCUAAUAUAUGGAAAAGAAAGAAGAAAGCAAAUCCAAACAAGUAGUUUAGCUGUAUGUAUAUCCCUUUAGCUAUCAUAUCAGGGGAAUAGUAGUAGCUGAGUUGUUGUAAUAGAUUAUAAUAUUGAUGUAUUUUUUAGAAAUUCACUUGUGUAGAUUGUGUACAUUACUGUUAAAUGGGGUGGGGGAGGGAAAAGGAAUUACAUGUAAUAGUUUUCCAGCAAAAUAACUGUUCAGUUCUAGGUAUAUGAGCUAUUUGCUUCUUUAUAUGCAAAGAAUUUACCAUGCUAAAGAAUUGUCUUGUAUUUUCUUCCAUUUGUAUUGUAGCCUAUUUAUAUAAUUAUCGAAGUUCUAAAUAAUGUUUAUUGGUAAUUCAGUGUAGUUGUGAGCCAAAGAGAAGAUUAAAAAUUAGUUGGCACAUUUAUAUAAUAUAUGCCCUUAAAACAAUAAUUUAGCAGAUAAUUUUACUUUAUCAAAUUCUAGAACUACAUUCUAAUUACUAUACUAUAAUCUAGAUUUAAACCUAAUGAAAUCCUUUCACUUUAAUAGAAAAGUCACUUUAUUAAUUAUAUGGUGAUCUGACUAUAUACUGAAUGCAUUUUAGUGAUUCAUGAAUGUUUAAGCAAAGGACCCUCUAUGUCUGAAUAAUCCACAGCCGUUGGUUUAUAGGAAUCCUGUGGCAAGAUCCCCAACAAUUGGGCCGUAAUCUUCUGAAGGGGCUACAGUAUUCUUCAUUAGUAGCAAAAGGGUAACUGUGGCUUUGACAAGAAAAAAGAGAAGCUCAACACAAAACCUUUUAAAUAUGGCUACAAGAAUUAUUGCAUAUGUAGCUGUAAGAUUCACUUUCAAUUUGUUAGCUAGGCAGCUGGAGUUUUUGACCACGCUAGUAGAAGGCAAGCAAAGUCACAGGGCAGGCAACAAGAUGAUUUUAGUCAAGUGACUUGUUAACCUAAAGCCUUCCUAAAUUUCCUGCAGUGGCUGUUUAGCUUCCAUUUAAUGCUUUAUAUUUCUCAUGCAUAAUAAACUGUAAGGAUUACUUUAAUGCACAUUUGCACACAUGUCCGCUGAGAUGAAUAGAAUGUGUGUACAUCAGAGAGAAUUGUGCCCAGGUAACCAUAUAUGUUCUUUAUUGCCUGGGUUUUAUUAAAACAGUGUUUUGUUGAAAAUAUUAGCAAUAUUUUAAUGAAUGUUUGUGUAGCUUUUCAUCUUUUGGUUCCAGGAUUUUCCCAAGUGUGAAAUGAGUAUAUUUUAAGAAUCCACAUGAUUCUACCUUGAUAUUACUGUCCCCUUCACUCACUUGACUCUUUCUUUUGUAUUAAAGUGAUGAUCCCUUCUGGAAAUGUGAUGUGACUAAACUACUUUCAAUGUAUUAAGUGUCCAUAUGGUAUUUUACCAUCGUGUGGAUGGAACAAUUGAGAAGCUGCUCAGAAGAGUCUAACAUCUGCUAUCUAUAACUGAUGUUCAAAUGGAAAUAAAAAAAUAAGUGACAUCUGUAUUUUUAUAAA